AUGCUCCCACGAAGCAAAAGGGUUCAGUCGGUGCCGUGCCUCGGAAGCGUUGAGUUCGUGACGUGUUUGUGGAUCGCGUGUGCCGUUUUAACCCUGCUCGCCUCCGCGGAGGGUUUCCACAUCCGCACCCGUUACGGGAAACGGCAUGAGCCACGUGGCGGUUCCCUCAUCUGGUCCAGGUACGGACGCAGCGACGAUUCGCAAAAAAUCAGCAAUUCGUUGCCGAAACUGGUGGUGGUGCCAAGGAUGGAUCGAUUCUUUUUGGGUAGUCGGUACGGGAAACGAUCCUCCUCGGAGUACCGAACCGUGCCGUCUGUGAAUCGAUUCAGCGCUGUCUUGGAUUUCAUGGAUCACGUCAACCAUGCCGAGCCUGAUCGGGAGAACGACAACGCGAGCAAUGGGAGUGAUCCUGAGUUUCUGUCGUAA